AUGGGCGUGGUUUACGGGGUAAAGGGGCGGGGUUUACCUUGUGGGCGUGGCCUGAGCGGGCGUGUCAUUCAGGAGGAGGAGGAGGAGGAAGGCCAAGGGGGCGGAGCCAAAGCCCCGGGGCUGGGGGGAGGGCGGCGCUACGUCCCGCCCCGCCUGGUGCCCGUGGCCUGUGCGCCGCCCGAGGCCGAGUCCCGGGCCCAGCUCCGCGCCCGGCGCCGCGCGCUCAGCUCGGCCGCGCUGCGGGAGCUGCAGCAGGAGCUGGGGGAGGGGCCCCUGCAGGAGGGGGAGGGGCUGCAGGCGUCCCGCGAGGAGCGCCACAGGCUCCGCUGGGAGGAGUCGAUGCUGCAGCGCCUUGGCGCCCCCUGGCGGCCGCGGCGCCCGCGGGGGGCGGGGCCUGGCCUCGAUGACGUCACCAACUUCGGGGCUUUCCCCGCCCUCCUGGGAUCGGCCAAUCAGGUGCGAGGGGGGCGGGGCUUGGGGGGAGAAAAGGCGGGAAAAUGAAAAAUUGG